UUUUUAAAGUUAGCUAAAGCAAUUUGACCGCAGCUACAGAAGAAACAGACGUACCUGUUGCUUUUUAAAUCUGACUUUUUUCCUCGAUAGUAACAUGGGCGGAGAGUGUUUGUGCAUUUCAUUGACCUGCAGACCUGCAGUCUGGUCACUUUUAAUUAUUCUGGCUACAAUCCCCAGUAUACUGCACUGCUCAGAGGGUCAACCUGCUGAUGAUGAUGGAAAAAUGUAUUCACGAGGCAACCACUGGGCUGUAGGUCAUCUGAUGGGGAAAAAAAGCACCGAUAGCCUGUCUGAGCUGCAGGGGAUAAACAGCAACUACGACACACCCUCAGAAGCAGCUGGGGUCACAUUGAUGGAGCGAUAUGAGCGCCUGAUGGAGGCUCUGAAGCAACAAAAGGAGAGGACAGUCGUGGACAGACUGCUUCGACAGCACAGCAGCUGGAGAGAAGAAGACAGAGACAAAUAUCUCAGAGAGAUGUCAAACCUGCUUCUAUAGGCUCUGAAACUGCAAGAAAAUGACUCGACCUGAUGAAUUAACUUCAAUCAAAUGUUCCCUGUUACCACAUAUCCACAGUUUAUUUUGU